GCUUUUCUAGAGACCCGGAAGCGGAUCGCGCUGAGCAACGGGCACGCUCGGAUGUUGAUGGAUGGGCUGGAUUGAUGUGGAACUUUGUUCCAGCAGAGCCCAUCCGUUCAUGAUGCAGAGACUGCUCAGACCUCAUCUCCACAGUAUAACCUUACCUGAGAAAGAAGACCAGAAGAGGGAAAAAAGGAGGAAUGGCUCUUUUCCGGGGGCGGUUGACAUUCAGGGAUGUGGCCAUAGAAUUCUCUCAGGAGGAGUGGGAGUGCCUGGACCCUGCUCAGAGGGCCUUGUACAGGGACGUGAUGUUGGAGAACUACAGGAACCUGGUCUCCCUGGGUGAGGAUAACUUCUCUCCAGAAGUUGGAAUCCCUUCUGAUGGAUUUGCAAUCAAGGAAUUAUCACCAACAGAGGACAUUAAUAAAGGCAAAUUUUACCACUUAGUGAUAUUGGAGAGAAAUGAAAGUUAUGGAAUCAAGGAUUUUGAUCUCCAGGAAUCCUGCGAAAAUAUGCAUGAGUUUGAGAGUCAGUGGGGAUAUGAUGCAAGAAAUUACAAAGAAGUGCCUUUGACCCAUAACAAAAAUCUCACUUGUAGAAAAGACCAGCAAGUUAAUCAGACCUCAGUUACUCUUCCUGAAAAGCAGAGUGUUUCUGUAAGAAAUAAUGCGUACCAGUAUUUCAUGGAUGAUGAGCCAUUUACGAGGAAUUUGCUAAAAAUGGACAAUAACAGAAGUGGUGCUGGAAACCAGUACAUAAACUGCAUGGAAAAUAGAAUUGGAUUAAAUUUGCAGGCACAUCUGGCUGAACUGCAGAGAUUUCACAAUGAGGAGAAAAUGUGUGACUGUAAUCCGACUGAGAAGUCUGUCAACAGUGGUUCCUCAGUCUCACCACUUCAAAGAAUUCCUCCCAGUACCAAAAACAUUUGGAACAAAUACAGGAAGGUUUUUAAGUAUCCUUUGUUACCUGCACAAUACAGGAGAGCAUACACUAGAGGAAUUUCUUACAAAUGUAAUGACUGUGGGAAGGCUUUUAGCAAAAGUGCCAACCUCAUGAGUCAUGAGAGAAUUCAUUCUGGACAGAGACCUUACAAAUGUAAUGACUGUGGCAAAGCUUUUACGGACCGUUCAAAUCUUAUUCAUCAUAGAAAAAUCCAUACUGGAGAGAAACCUCACAAAUGUAACGAGUGUGGCAAAGCAUUUACCCAAUUUGGAAACCUUGCUAGGCAUCAGAAAACACACACUGGAGAGAAACCACACAAAUGUAAUGUGUGUGACAAAGCUUUUACUCGAAGUUCAAGCCUUAUGGCACAUCAGAGAAUUCAUACAGGAGAAAAACCUUAUAAAUGUAAUAAAUGUGAUAAGGCUUUUAUCAAACAUUCACACCUUUGGGGUCAUGAGAGAACUCAUACUGGGGAGAAACCUUACAAAUGUAGUGAGUGUGGCAAAGCCUUUGCUGAGCGUUCACAUCUUACUCAACAUAGAAAAAUCCAUACUGGAGAGAAACCUUACAAAUGUAAGGAGUGUGGCAAAGCAUUUACCCAAUUUGCAAAUCUUACUAGGCAUCAGAAAACACACACUGGGGAGAAACCAUACAAAUGUAAUGUGUGUGACAAGGCUUUUACCGAAAGUACAAGCCUUAUGAGACAUCAGAGAAUUCAUACAGGAGAAAAACCUUAUAAAUGUAAUAAAUGUGAUAAGACUUUUAGUAAACGUUCAGACCUUUGGGGUCAUGAGAGGACUCAUAGUGGAGAGAACAAAUGUAACGAGUGUGGCAGCCUGUACGAGCAUCUUGCUCGGCAUAAGAAAAUCCAUACUGGAGAGAAACCUUAUGAAUGUAAUGAGUGUGGCAAAGCUUUUAUGAGGCAUCAGAAAAUACAUGUAAAAAGAAAGUAUAAACUAUAUCAUGUGUGGUGGUGCUUUUAUUCAAAGUUUAAGCUUUGGGUGUCAUGGAAGAACUCAAAGUGGAAAGAAACCUUACAGAUAACGUCCAUCACCGAUACUGACCACCCGGCUUUAACUUCAUUAAACAAGGAGCUGUCACUGUCCGGGUCUCAGUCGCCCCACGAGGACCCCCCGGCCCCAGCCUGGCUCCAAACGACACCAGCGGGACUGGAAGGAAUCCAAAAGCAGAACCCGAAACCGCGGGGCAGGAAGGACAAACAGAAGACCAAACGGCAGGCCCCCGUGUGGUGCAGGGCAGGCUACCCAGCGCGCCGGGGUCCCGCCCACACCCGCCGCUUCCGCAACCGCCCCGGCUCCGCCCUGAGAGCGCCCCGGCUGACCGACGAGACCCAUGCGCAUGCGCGCUUUCCUGCAGACCCGGAAGCCGAUUUCCCGGAGCAACGGUUGCGCUCGGAUGAUGGGCAGCAAAGGACUUUUUCCCAUAGAAGGCUAGAAGAAGAGAGAGAAAAAGGAGGAAUGGCUCUUCUCCAGGGGCGGUUGACAUUCAGGGAUGUGGCCAUAGAAUUCUCUCAGGAGGAGUGGGAGUGCCUGGACCCUGCUCAGAGGGCCUUGUACAGGGACGUGAUGUUGGAGAACUACAGGAACCUGGUCUCCCUGGGUGAGGAUAACUUCCCUCCCGAAGUCGGAAGCCCUUCAGCUGGAUUUGUAAUCAAGGAAUUAUCACCAAUAGAGGACAUUAAUAAAGGAGAAUUGUGCCACCUGGUAAUACUGGAGAGAAAUGAAAGUCAUGGCAUCCAGGAUUUUGAUCUCAAGGAAGUCUGGGAAAAUAUGCAUGAGUUAGAGACUCAGUGGGAGUAUGAUGCAAGAAAUGACAAAGAAGUGCCUUUGACCCAUGACAAAAAUCUCACUUGUGGAAAAGAUCGGCAACUGAAUCAGUCCUCAGUUACUUUUCCUGAAAAGCAGAGUGUUUCUGUAAGAAAUAAUACAUACCAGUAUUUCAUGCAUGAGGAGCCAUUUAUGAGGAAUUUGUUAAAACUGGGAGGUAACAGAAGUGGUUCUGGAAACCAGUACAUAAACUGCGUGGAAAAUAGAACUGGAUUAUGUUUGCAGGCACAUCUGGCUGAACUCCAGAGAUUUCACAGUGAGGAGAAAAUGUAUGAAUGUAGUAAUCCAAUUGAGAAGUCUGUCAGCAAUGGUUCCUCAGUCUCACCACUUCAAGGAAUUCCUCCCAGUACCAAAAACAUUUGGAAUAAAUCUAGGAAGAUUUUUAAAUAUCCUUUAUUACCUGCACAAGACAGAAGAGCAUACACUAGAGGAAAAUCUUACAAAUGCAAUGACUGUGGGAAGGCUUUUAGCAAAAGCUCAAAUCUCAUGAGUCAUGAGAGAAUUCAUUCUGGACAGAGACCUUACAAAUGUAAUGACUGUGGCAAAGCCUUUAUGGAGCGCUCACAUCUUACUCGACAUAAGAAAAUCCAUACUGGAGAGAAACCAUACAAAUGUAAUGAAUGUAGCAAAGCCUUUGCUGAGCGUUCAGGCCUUACUCAACAUGAGAAAAUCCAUACUGGAGAGAAACCUUACAAAUGUAAUGAGUGUGGCAAAACUUUUAAGCAGUGCUCCCACCUCAUUAGACAUCAGGAUACACAUCCUGGAGAGAAACCAUACAAAUGUGAUGUAUGUGGCAAGGCUUUUAUCCAAAGCUAUAACCUUAUAGAACAUCAGAGGAUCCAUACAGGAGAAAAACCAUAUAAAUGUAGAAAAUGUCAUAAGGCUUUUAGCAGACGUUCAAACCUCUGGGGUCAUGAAAGAACUCAUACUGGAGAGAAACCUUACAAAUGUAAUGAAUGUGGCAAAGCUUUUACCAAAUUUUCAAAUCUUACUACACAUCAGAAAAUACACACUGGAGAGAAACCAUACAAAUGUAAUGUGUGUGACAAGGCUUUUAUCCAAAGUUCAAACCUUACUGACCAUCAGAGAAUUCAUACAGGUGAAAAACCUUAUAAAUGUAAUAAAUGUGAUAAGUCUUUUAUCAAACGUUCACAUCUUUCGGGUCACGAGAGAACUCAUACUGGAGAGAAACCGUUCAAAUGUACUGAGUGUGGAAAAGCCUUUACGGAACGUUCACAUCUUACUCAGCAUAAGAAAAUCCAUACUGGAGAGAAACCUUAUAGAUGUAAUGAGUGUGGCAAAGCUUUUACCCAAUUUGCAAACCUUACUAGGCAUCAGAAAAUACAUAGUGAAAAGAAACCACAUAAACCUAAUAUGUGUGGCAGUGCUUUUAUUCAAAGCUCAAGCUUUGGGGAUCAUCAAAGAACUCAUAGGAGAAAGAAACCUUGCAAAUAAAAUGAGCAAGACUUAACGCCAGAGAUUCCAUCAUGGAGAGGAAUCAUAUGAAACUGACGUGGCAAAGCUUGUAACCAUGGCUCACACCUCCCCUGAUAACAGAAUAUAAAUCUCUAAAAGAAAGCACACAAAUGGAAUGUAUGGCAGGGCUUAUCCAAAGCUUAUUAUAUCUUGUGAAUGUAAUUUUUACUAGAGGGAAACCUUACAAAUGUAAUGAGUAUGAUCAGGUUUAUAAAAAAUGUACAGAUUGGGAAGGGGGGUAAAAUAGGUGGAUGGGAUUAAGAGGUACAGACUUCCAGUGAUUAAAAAAAAAACAAAA